AUGGUAAUUUGACAUCUGUUUUAUAUAUAUAACAUGCCUUGCAGCUCCCCCAGACCCCGCGCAGAGGUUGCCGUUUUGUUUUGUUUUGAUCCCCCUUCCUGCCUGCCUACUUUUUCUCUCUUUCCUCGCUGCAGCGACUGUUGUAGCGGGGUUUGCUUUUCUGCCGGCACAGGAAGGGGCUGGAAGUAGCUGGGGAAGAAGCAGGGCGGCGAGGGGUCGCAUGGGGCGCUGCGAUCGGAAAUCGACUUUUUCUUUGACUUUAUUAUUGGCCAGGGAAAGCCCCCUUCGCCUGGGGCGCCCAGUUGCUGAUCGGCGCCUGCAGAGGGAGAGAAACCUUUCGGGUCUCCGCCCACUCCUGCGCGCCCGACCGAAGUGGAGACUGUGUGCCCACCUACUCCCUGGACUCAGCCCCCAAGAGGGGAGCCAGCGAUUAACUCCGGAACAGCCGGGCACUCUAGGUAACUGUGGCGUGGGGCAGGACGGGGUCUCCGUCCCCUUUUCCUCCUGCUACGUUGCUGGGGAAUGUCAGAUCAGCUGACAAUGGGUAAAUGAUCUGAGAGCCAAACGAGAGAGUUGUUUUGUUUUGUUUUGUUUCCUGCGCACUUGUGUAGUCCUUUCCCACGUGUUCCUCAAAAGGGACGGAAGGCGGCCUAUGUAAAGGCGACCCUGCUUUAUGCUCGCGACAACCUUGUGAGGUAGGCGAGGCUGGGAUUGUGUGACCAGGCUGUGUUCACCUGCGUGGUGUUCCCCAUAUUUUCCCCAGUGAGACUCAAUGCCCUUGGUCAAGGCACAGUCUGACCCCUUCCUUUGGUGACCCUCGUAGAACUCUGGCCCAGUGGUUGCUAUUUAUUAAUUUGAUUUUGAAUUGAUUUAAGAAUAUUGCUUUUAAAAUGCUGUGUUACUUUUAUUGUUAGCUGCUCUGAGCCCGACUUCGGCUGGGGAGGGCGGGAUAUAAAUAAAAUAUUAUUUUUAUUCGAUCUGCAGUUUCUUAACCCUAACAAUCAGCCUAAUGCAGAUAUUUGUAUUUGAAGAUUACACACUCCAGCCGGGCAAAGACUCUCAAGGAGGUUACAAAGCAGAGCCUGCCAGAAGGGGGCAGGUAUGGCCUGCGGAGAGUCUUGAGGGGGUCCAGAAUUCCCCACUGCACCCCAAGAUCUAAGGUUCCCCAUCCCUGAAACAGGCCUUUAUAAAACACUCAGGUAUCUUGCUGGAAAGGAGCUUGGGAAGUUGCCUAAAUAUUUGUUCAUCUAGCAGCUGGCGCAGUGAUGCCCACUCUGUCUGGCAGCAGGUCUCCAGCAGAGGCCUCUAUCCCCCCCCCCCAUCACCUGCUUCCUGGUCCUUUUCAAACUGGAAAUGCCAGGGACUUGAACCUGGGAGUAUCCCUUCUUAAAAUGAACCCUUUUGCUGUUUUUCUUUUACAUCACAGUCUGCCACGUAUCCGCCUGCCAUCUUCUGCCCCAACCCAGUGCAUUCUGCUGAAAGAAGGAAUGGCUACAGCAGAACCAACUCAGGUAGGGGGGGAGAUCUUCAAAUAAUUUAUUUUAGUAGAGGCAAUUUCAAGAAGGUUUCUGAGCCAUCGUGCCCUUGGAGCAAGAAAGGUGGGCAUCUUAGGAGUUGGGAUUUGAGUACCAUGAAGGGGAACAUUGAUCAGUCCUCUGGGGCACAAUCUAGUUAGGUUGGUUGGUUGGUUGGUUUGAAUGCAGUAGUAGUUUCGUGUGCUUCUCAUUCAUUCAGAAAAUAUGUAGACGGGGGGGGUGGGAAGCCUUUGGCCCUUUAAAUCCCAUCAGCCCCAACCAGCAUGGUUAGAGUUGAUGAGAGUCCAACAACGUAUUGAGGACCAAAGUUCCCCCACUUCUGAAGUAUAGGGUUGUGGUCUUAGACAUGUUGCCAUAUGCAGAUGAUACCCAGCUCUACAUCUCUUUUAAAACAGAACCAGUGAAGGUCCUGUGUGAGUGUCUGGAGGUGGUUGGAGGAUGGAUGGCAGCUAACAGAUUAAGGUUGAAUCCUGACAAGACAGAAGUACUGUUUUGGGGGGACAAGGUAUGGGCAGGUAUGGAGGACUCCCUGGUCCUGAAUGGGCUAACUGUGCCCCUGAAGGACCAGGUGCACAGCCUGGGAGUCAUUUUGGACUCACAGCUGUCCAUGGAGGCACAGGUCAAUUCUGUAUCCAGGGCAGCUGUCUACCAGCUCCACCUGGUACGCAGACUGAGACCCUACCUGCCCCCAGACUGUCUUGCCGGAGUGGUGCAUGCUCUGGUUAUCUCCCGCUUGGACUACUGCAAUGCGCUCUACGUGGGGCUACCUUUGAAGGUGACCCGGAAACUACAACUAAUCCAGAAUGCAGCAGCUAGACUGGUGACUGGGAGUGGCCACCAAGACCAUAUAACACCAGUCCUGAAAGACCUACAUUGGCUCCCAGUACAUUUCCGAGCACAAUUAAAAGUGUUGGCGUUGACCUUUAAAGCCCAAACUCGGCCCUCCAGCUGUUUUAGGACUACAACUCCCACCAUCCCUAGCUAACAGGACAAGUAGUCAGGGAUGAUGGGAAUUGUAGUCCCAAAACAACUGAAGGGCCGAGUUUGGGGGUGCCUGCUCUAAACGGCCUCGUCCCCAGUAUACCUGAAGGAGCGUCUCCACCCCCAUCGUUCAGCCCGGACACUGAGGUCCAGCUCCGAGGACCUUCUGGCAGUUCCCUCACUGUGGGAUGUGAGGUUACAGGGAAUCAGGCAGAGGGCCUUCUCAGUGGUGGUGCCUGCCCUGUGGAACGCCCUCCCAUCAGAUGUCAAGGAAAUAAACAACUAUCUGACUUUUAGAAGACAUCUGAAGGCAGCCCUGUGUUGGGAAGUUUUUAAUGUUUGAUGUUUUAUUCUGUUCUUAAUCUGUUGGAAGCCACCCAGAGUGGCAGGGGAAACCCAGCCGGAUGGGCGGGGUAUAAAUAAUAAAUUAUUAUUAUUAUAUUUUUAGCAUCUUUUCAUGGCACAGGAGUUUAGGAUUUGUGUUAGUGUGGAACAGACAGAGGCCUGGGCACAGGAAGGCUACGCCCUGCAGCCAUCCUAGUGUGACUGUUGUUAAUACAGCAGGCAGUGAGCUUAGGAGCCUUGUUGUUUUAGGAGCUGGGCACACCUGAGGAGGAAGACGAAGAAGGGGAGAAAACAGUGCACCUGUCUCACCCUGAGCAAGCAUCCCCCACAAAUGAUACUCCAAUGGGGGAAGAAGAGGACUGUGCAGCAUCCCCAGGUAAAAAGCCCCAGUUACUUCUGUCUUUCUGUGAGCCACUGCAUCACCCUUGGCUUCGCUGCACUAGGACCUCCCUCAAACUCUUUAGUUCUGGGUUUCUCCCGGCCAUGACGGUCCUCUGAAGUAGCUCAAGUGCUCAGGACAGAUUGCCUGCACUUUGUCCCAUGUGGCAGUCAGAUGCAAAUCUAAGGGACACCAGAGAUUUGACAUCCUUUCUUGGAGAUAAAGAAAUGCACGCUAGGUAAUAUCAUUUUCAGUUGCUAUUUUUAAACUUCGGGGUUUGGCUUUGUUGUCGUUGUGUGUCAGCCUUUUGAAACAUGCACACAAUGACUGGAAGAGAAAGUUUUACUUUAGGACAAGGGUUCUCAAACUGUGGUCCGCAGGCUACCAGAGAUCUGUGAGUUUCACUCUGGUGGUCCGCGACGUGUCUGUGGUUUCUUGGUUGAAGAUGGGAGGUGGACAUCCACUCACUCUGGCUGGGGCUGAUGGGAACUGGAGUCUACUCAUAACCGGAGGACUACGGGUUCUCCAUCCCUGGGCAAACAGGAAGGAUUUAACAGGAGCUCUGGCAGAGAAAAGAUGUCAGGUAUAUAUAUUCCUUGAGGAAGUUGUUCUGCACAUGCAAGGACUUAGCUGAAUUCACGUGCAGCCUCUCAGAAAAGAAUUCUGGUAUUUACCUGACAGGAGAUUCUGUCUAUCUAAAACAGGAUCUCCAAGUUCUGCUGGGGGUGCCCAACCAGAAGGAGAAGAAACGGCCUGGGGUCUUUAUCUCCAGUACUCAGAGGAAGCCAGGAGCCCAAGAGAUAGCGAUGGUUCGGAUGGAGACCACAGCUGGGAACCUCAGGCAGUCCUUGUGAGCUCUCCUUGCCCAAUCCCAUCUUGCCCAGGUCAGGAGCUCAUGGAGCAAGCAAUGGGUUCCUGGAGGCUUUUGGGCUUUGUUUUGUUUUGCUUAUUUUGCAAUAUUUAUAUGCCGUUCGACUAGAAUAGUAUAAAAUAUUCAUUUUUAAAAAGAUAAAACAGACUUAAAUAACAGCACACAUAAUAAAACUACCCAGAUAGGAGUAAGAAUCAAGUGAUUCUGUGAAAACUGCACGUUUGGGUGGGCUUGCCAAAACAAGAGAGUUUGUAGCAGGCAUCCAAAACAAGGCCUUGCAUCUAACGCAGCGCUAAGUUACCUGCUCCAUCUGUGCAAGAUGCUGUUGGACUACAACUCCCAUCAUUCCUGAUUAUUAGACAUGCUCGCUGGGGCUGACGGGAGCUGUAGAGUCCAGCAAGAUCUGGAGGGACAUGGGUUUGCCAUGUCUGACUUCUAGAAUCAGGCCUUUGGAGUCCAUGCCAUUCUGGCCGCUGUGGUAAUGGGAGCCAUUUUGUGCUUUACAAUAUGAUAUGAUAAUCUUUAUUGUCAUUGUCCCAUACAGAACAACAAAAUUGAAAAUCUACAUCAGACAUUCAGAAACCAACAAGCCUGCUAUCCCAGCUACCCCAGCCUGGUUAGCCCCCUAAAAACUCUGAUACCCCAUAAUUAAAUACAAUAUACUCCCAUAGAGACUAUCUUACACUGCAUUUAAAACCAAAAUCACAUUUGAAUAGAAACUGUUUCUCAGGCAGCUAGUCCUAGUCUUUAUAACCCUGUACCUUCUUCCAGAAGGCAAAAGCUGAAAGAGAUCAUUUCCGGGGAGCGCACUAUCCUGCACUAUCUCUGCAGCUUUCUUAUGGCACCUGGAAGCAUAGAUUUGAUCCAAGGUAGGGAGAGUGCACCCAAUUAUUCUCUCCGCAGUCUUUACAACCUUGGACAACAUUGUUUUUUCCCUGACCGUGCAGCUCCCAAACCACACACAGAGACCAUAAGUUAAUACACGCUCAACAGUACAAUGGUAAAAUGCCAUCAACAGGUCCUUUGAGAGAUUAUUUUUUCCGGAGGAUCCUCCGGAAUCUGUGAAUGACACAUUCAUGUGGGUUUCUUUUCAGAGAGUGAAAACAAGGAAGAGUACCCAGAGACUGUGAGGUCUCGCAUGGCCUUGUCUGGAGCCUGUAGAAGGAGGGGGUCCUCUGGUGCUAAGAAGUGGGAGUCCCGCGAGAAGCGAGAUGAAAGCUUCCUCAGAGAGAGCUGGGCUUGCCCUCCUCCCUAUAUGGAGGUUCUUGGGGGCACUCGGGACUGUGCAACCCACCAGGGGCUCAGCAACCACCACAAGGAGCGUGGGAAGAUCCUUAAGGCCCGGCCCCCCAACCUCAUUAGCCGCCAGAGACUUCACGGGAGCAUGAAGCUCCACCGCUGUGCCGACUGCGGGAGAGGCUUUGGCCUCCUCUCGAACCUCAUCCGCCACCAGAGGACCCACGUUGGGGGGAAGCCCUACAAAUGCCCCGACUGCGGGAAAGAAUUUGGCCACAGCUCGGCCCUCAUCACUCACCGGCGCAUCCACACUGGGGAGAAGCCAUACGUGUGCAACGAAUGCGGGAAAAGCUUCAACGUGGUGUCGAACCUUCUGCGCCACCAGAGGAGCCACACGGGAGAGAAGCCGUACCAGUGCCCUGACUGCGGGCGCUGCUGCAGCCAGAGGUCUCACCUGGUCACUCACCUGCGCCUCCACACAGGGGAGAGGCCUUACCGGUGCCUGGAGUGUGGGAAAAGCUUCAACGUCAGCUCCGACCUUAUCAAACACCGGAGAAUCCACACGGGCGAGAAGCCUUAUGAGUGCCGCUACUGCGGGAAGCGCUUCAGCGGCAGCUCAAACCUCAUCACGCACCAGAGGCUCCACACGGGCGAGAAGCCCUACGUCUGCCCAGAGUGCGGCAGAAGCUUCCCCAUCAGCUCCAAGCUCAUCGCUCACCAGAGAAUCCACACAGUGGAGAAACCCUACGUCGGCGCCGACUGGGGGAAGAGUUUCCCCGAAAGGCCUCGCCUGGCCAGGCACCAGCAGAGCCCGUACCGCCGAGAGAAACGCUUCAAGUGUGGCGACUGUGGGAAGAGUUUCACCACCAGCUCCUACCUUAUCACACACCAGCGCACCCACACGGGGGAGACCCCUUACAUCUGCGGGGACUGUGGGAAAAGCUUCACCGUCAUCUCCAACCUUGCCAGACACCAGAGAAUCCACACGGGAGAGAAGCCCUACCAGUGCCCGGACUGCGGGAGGAGCUACAGCCAACGGGCCCACUUGACGACGCACCUCAGAGUCCACACGGGAGAGAAGCCUUACGUCUGCGCCGACUGCGGGAAGAGCUUCAACGUCAACUCGUCCCUCACUAAACACCGGAGAAUCCACACGGGCGAAAAGCCCUACAUGUGCCCUGACUGUGGGAAAACGUUCAGCCAGAGCUCCAACGUCAUCACGCAUCGAAAGCUCCACCAUGGAGAGAGCCUCCUCGGUGGCCCCACAAGGAUCCUUCAGAUCAAAUAG